ACGGUGGAGAGGGAGCGGGGAGGGGAGGGGGUUAGUUUACACCACCGAGCCGGCGAUUUAUGUUGGCCAAAAAUUUAUCGGUUCAAUUUCCGCGAUAUUUAAACCCCACCCCCCUGGCCCCUCGGCCCCUCCUUCCAACCCCCCAUGUGUGUACGUCUGAAUAUAGAAUCCUUGAAUUGUGCAAAAAUAUAUAUUUAAAAAUUGGUAGGUGUCCAACGUUGUAGAUAAAAAAAUUGAAAAACAAAUGGUGAAAAAAAAAUUGGACUCGCCAUUUCGUGAAAUAUGAUGCCAAAAGCGAUUUCAUCUGAGUGUGACGCGGGAGAUGAGUGAAUUGAGUCUUGCCCUCGGGAUGGGAGAAGAGACGAAAAAAAUAAAUAAAUAAAUAAAUCCUGUGCAGUGGUAUGUACCCGAGGUAUUUUUGUUGUUACGACGAGGACUCCACCGUCACAAAAUACGAUGUUAAUCUAAUGCACUGAGUAUAUCUCGUGGUUUGCGCUCCUCUCGAGAACUAUGGGCAAGAGGGUAGAAAUGAACGUUAAAGGGGAAAGAGAAAGAGAAGUUUAUAGAUGGUGAGGGUGUUUGUAGAGACAGGAAGACAGCCACGGCCGGGGGAGUAAAGUGGGCGAGAAGAGGGUGAAAAGGAAGCAGAUAGGGACUGUCUGUUGGUAACUAGCGUUUGUAUACCUCUCUCACUCUCCCUUACCAUCAGUUUCACCUCUUUUAUUCUCUUCACGUGAACCCACUCCGUACCCCAGCACGCUUGCAACCGAUCGUUUGUCUUCCUGGAAGACUGCACGCCACGUACAAAUAAAUCAAUUUUCCUCAAUGCUAAUUAUCGAUUUAUUAUUCAGUGAACAUUUUUUUUUUGCACAAAGCAUUAUAUUUUUUUUUCGAGCUGGCAGGGGAAGGGCGUACUAUUACAGCCUUGAGCGGUGACUGAAGUCUCGGAUUAUUUUCAAGAGCUGAGGUUCGGAUUACCUAGAAAGGCCUCCUCAUCUGUGUCCUUCCGGCUCUUUGUAUGUGUUGAUCGGGAUCGCUCCCCCCCCCCUCCUCCCGAGGCUUCAGUAAAAUCAUUUUUUUUUUAGUUCCUUUCGCCUCGUUUCCACCCCAUCGGCUGUUACAACUAUUUCUCUCAAAUUAUUUACCAUUUUUUUUUUCACCAAUAUUUUCAACUUAAACAACUAGUUGUAUCGGUGCAUGUGAGAAAACCGGCUUUACUUGUAGAUCGAUUCGCCUUACGUUUCAGCUGAGAGCCUUUGGUCUCCUCCCCUCCGAGGUCUUUCCUAACUGCUACCACUCAUUCGCAAACCGGACGUUGAACGUGCCGACACAAAGGGACGUGGGCUAGACGCUUGGAAAGCGAUUGCAUUUCGCGAGUGAACGAGAAACUAUUGCACCUCAGACAUCUCUCGCCCACACUCUUUUGCCCCUCUACCACCCCGCUGUCCCACCACCACCAUAACUUGUACAAUUGAGGAAACAAAGGAGAGUGGGGAUAGAAACCAUAUAAUAUAAACCCUGUUGACCCAAUUGAUUUGUCGAAAUACGAGACUAGGAAGUCAGGACAUUAAAUACUAUAGAGACUCGAGUGACUUGUGAAAUCCGAAGGUGCUUUGUGCAGAUACAUGUAUUUAUAUUGCUGGGAGUGGCGGUAAUUUCAUCGUGACAAUGUGAACGGCUGUGUUUCACUUUCCUCCUGAUGACCAUAAAAAGUAUUGGAUUCUGGGUUUAAACGAUUCUUCGAGUUUCUUGUGAUUUACUUACGAUAUUUAUCACUCUGAAGAAUGCCAAUUGCCAUAGUAAUUGGUAUCUGCCCCAACUCGAACAAUGGUGAUACCUUGUAUCUCCUAAUCGUGCGAUUGCGAGGAUAUUGAUCUCGUCAAAAUGAGGAUUAAUUUAUCGAAUAAUCGAGUGUCCUUUACAACAAGCGGAUCAUUCCCCUGAAUAUUGUACUACCACAGAGUGGUCAUUAAAACUAGAAUUGAAAAAAACAACAUGAAAAAGCCACUCCUGGCGAACCAUAAGACUUUAAAAAAAAUUCCAUGAAAAUCCGUAUUUCCACGGGGUUUAAAAAACCCGGGAAUUACCAUUGGUUUACUGCUCUGAAACAGCCCCUCUACUCCCCUCCCUCAAACACCAGAUCUCAUUUUUUCAUCUUUGCCGAUACCUACAGCAUUACUCAUAAUCUCCCGAGAAAUUGAUUACCCCCGGAAAGGCCAACGUCAGAAGGAAGUUUGUCGGAUUGAAAUGACGGCACGUGUCAUUGAUCAACUGAUCCUGUCGCCCCUCCGUCGAAAUAAAAAAAGCCAAAAAAAAAAAAUCUAAGACGACGGGAAUUGAGAACCGCUGUAAGGACAAAAACUCCUGGGAGCAUAUCCCCGAAGGGUACGGAUUGGUACAAUCGGCAGCCGCCUGGUGAAACGGCGUCGCCCCAGUCGAUUCACUUCUCCCACCUAUCCCUUAUCCGUCCUCGUCCGACUCACUGUCUAGCAUAUUCCCCUACCCCAGGCGCCCUCAUUUUAUCUCCCUCAUGCACAUUGCACUCUCAAUCUCCCCUCCCAUCGUUUCUCUCUCCUCUUCUCGUCACCCCCUCUCCCCUUACCCCAUUGGCCAUCGUUUGACUACAUUCCCCUCUUGUUCUUGUGGGUCCGAGGGCUGAGACACAGCUGCCGCACAGGCUAACACGCCGACUGUUCGCCGUGGCUCUCAGAGACGCGCAACGACGCCGUGUCUACCUUUCUUUAUUUUCGUUAAAUUUUCAUUUAUUUACCAAGUAUAUCCACAAAUCAUCGAUUCAAUAAAUCACAUCAUUGAACAACGAGAUAACUCAUCAGUUGAUAACUAACGACACCAAUGGCUGUUUAAUUUAUUCAGAGUGCAUCGAUACGUUGUUGUUAAUGAGACAAUUGAAUCACAUGAUAGGGUAUGUGUACCGUGUUAUUAUCAUUGAUAAUAAUCCUUUGUUACAAGUGUGAGUCGCGCGAAAAAACUUGACUGAGAAAAGUGGAAAACGCACACGUACAAAAACAUCGCAUGCGCGCUUUUUAGUGUAUCGAAGCCGGUUGCAGUGUCUCUCUUUCCUGUUGUGCGGGCCUUUUGGCUCUUGCUCCUCUGGGAGACCUGUGUGAUAGAGCAAGAGAGAGAAAGAGAGUGAGUGAGAAUCAGUGUUAUCCUGUUGGCGGUUGAGGCAAUCCGUCUAUCUGUUUUUUUUUCCCAUAGUUACCGUCGUUGUUAUAUUUAUUAAAAAAAAAAAAGAGAGGGAAAAAAACAACACCGGAGUAACCUUGAACUCGUCAGUAUAACGUGAAUAUUUCACAUUGGUGAUUAUCAACGACAAUUGGAAUUCAGUGUUUCGACAAUUGUGCAUUUAUUUUCAUCAAUUGAAGAGAGAGAAAAAAACACAAUGUUUCCCUAUACGACUUUUCCGGCUGUCGGGAUGCAGGACGAGCAGCUACGAGUGCUAAUGUGGUGGAGCAGCAAACCUCCCAACGUUGAUACGCGUGUUAUCGUCCAGCGCUGGCAUGGAGGCAGCGAAUGGUGCACUGGACCAUGAUUUUCACAAUGCCCUUGUACCAAUAAACGGUAGCCAUUCUGGUAGCUCUGGCAGGAGUACACCGAACAGCGGUGAUCCAGCACCAGGAAAAUUGUUUGUUGGUGGAUUGUCGUGGCAAACGAGUAGUGAAAAAUUGAGGGAAUAUUUCGGAAUGUUUGGAACUGUGACCGAUGUAUUAAUAAUGAAGGAUCCAGUCACACAGCGGAGUCGAGGCUUUGGGUUCAUCACAUUCGCUGAGCCUGGGAGUGUCGACAAAGUGCUAAAAUGCCCGAUACAUACGCUCGAUGGUAAGAAGAUCGACCCGAAACACGCGACACCGAAGAAUCGUGCUAAACAGGCUAAUCGAACGAAGAAGAUAUUCGUGGGUGGUGUUAGCCAAGAUACAAGUAGUGACGAGGUAAAAGCAUACUUCAAUCAAUUUGGCAAAGUUGAGGAGACUGUUAUGCUGAUGGAUCAACAGACAAAACGACAUCGUGGCUUUGGCUUUGUGACUUUUGAAAAUGAGGAUGUUGUCGAUCGUGUUUGUGAAAUUCAUUUUCACACUAUUAAGAAUAAAAAAGUCGAGUGCAAAAAGGCUCAACCCAAGGAGGCAGUUCAACAGAGUGCCCUUGCACUUGGUAAGCGCGUUGUACUGGGUGCACUAGGUGUGCGUUUGGCACCUCAGCCACAGUUACAAGUUGCAACAGCAUCUCAAUUUGUUGCUGCGCAAGCGCAAGCGCAGGUGCAAGCUGCAGCAGCCGCAGCAGCAGCUGCACAGGUGCAGAAUGCCGUUGCGGGUUAUGGAAAAUUAUUUGCAAGCAGUUAUCCAGCAUUGUCGGCAUACAGAUAUGCCCCUUAUCCAAUACCCACCGCCGUUGCUACAGCACCACCAACAGCACCAGCGCCACCUACAACAGCCACAGCGGCACAACCCCAAGCAGGUGCACCACCUGGCAAUCCUUAUCAGGGAUAUUCACUUACAAAUGUGGAUAUGUCGAGUUUUCAGGGUGUUGACUGGGGCUCAAUGUACGGUAUGGGAAUGUACGUUUAAAUUUUCAUUAAAUUGUGGAUAAUUUAUGGGAAUCAGUGCCAGGAGCAUCUUUCUAUGGGAGAUUCCAGUACGGAGAAUGUUGGAGCGAUGGAUUGACAGUGGGAAUUGUCGAAGAGAUUACUCUGGGAAUGGUGGACGAGGAUAAACAAGUUAAACUUGGACGAUGUCAAGCCAGAUGAAUGCAAGUCUGAUAUUUUUUUCAUUCAUUUUUUUUUUUUAUUAUUUAUAUUAUUGUCUUCGUACCGUCCUUAACACUUUUUUCGUUUAUUAAGAGUAUUUUCAAUCGAUCUCUCUUCAUUGCCCUCCGCUCUUUAGGCUUCUUCAGCCAUUAACGAUAAUUUUCUUUAAUUUUUUAUCUUUUUAUUUUUCUUUCGUUUUAUCGGUUCGCGCUACUUGUGCAGCGAUUCGUUGUUGAUAACGAAUAUGAUUUUUUUUUUAUUAUGAUUAAUCCAAUUUCGCUGAUAUUCUUCGAGUAUCGCAGUGUCUCGGAGUAUUAAUCCGAAAUGUGUUCGCGAGUAAGUUAGGCAGAUAUUAACGCAAUACUCCUUUAUUUAAACAAAUACUCAUUUUCCACUCGAUGCUUCCCCCCCGAUUAAACUCCAAUUGUUUUUCUUAAUACAUCGGAUGAUAAUAAAUCGACCCUCUUGAUAAUUAAUUUAACGUGAAAGAAAAUAAGAAAAGAAGAUCGACGGGCUGUCAAUACUUACUGAUAGGUAAUAUGCAUAUUGAAAAUAUAUUUUUUUUUCGAGUAAUGGAAGACAAUAUUUCUCUGCUCUCCAUGGCGUAUGAAAAAAUAGCCAUCGUUUACAAAAUAAAAUGAUAAAAAAAACUCGAUUGAAUAAUUAGGGUAAGAACAAUAUGAUUAGAAGGAGAGGGUGAAGAGGCAAAGGUUAAACAAGAUAAUGAAAAAAAAAACUAGAAUUUGAAGAAUAAUCUUGUGUACGUGAAAAUUGCACCAGGACGUAUUAUAUUGAUUGGCGUGUGACGGGUCGCGCGUUAAUACAAUUUCAUAGUUAUUCAAUCAUUAAGGAUACUCAAUAGUAAUGUAAGUUGCGCGCAUAUGCGAUACAAGAGAACAGGAUAAUUAUUAUAAUAAUUAAAUCCACAUUGAGAUUAGCUCAAAAGAGAGAAAGAGAGAUUAGAUAUGUGAAUAAGUUAACACGUGUGAUUUUUUCACACUCAUAAUGAUUAAAUCUUUUUCUAAAAUUUUGGACUGACAAUGUGUUCUCAGUUGUGAGAGCCCAAAUAAUAAUGAGAUAAGAAAGUGGAAAAGUUUUAUGAGUGAGAAAAAUGAGACAAGUCGAAUUUGAGAUAUGUCGAAGCAAUAAGCGAAUUACUCAACUAAUUACAUCAGAGAUAAUGAUGCAACAUACAAUACUAGUAGCGUAUACAUUUGUAUAUGUCUCCGUAAGUUAAUUAUCAUGAUAAUUUAAUGGACUAAUACGUGACGAGGUGCAGUAAAUGCCACUCGUCAUUGCCGUUGUUGAAAAGGAGAAUGGAAAAGAAAAUAAUGGAGAAGUAAUAAGUAAUAUCUCUAGAAGUACGAAAUUUCACGAAAUAUUGGGAGGAGACAUAACAUGCGAGUGAUAUUCAAUAUAAAAUUUCGUCGUAAGUUAAGAGUAAAAACAAAUAUUGUUACUCGCGACACACCACGAGUAUUAUUAAUUUAUAUUUAAUACAUAUUCUUGAAUAUUGUCAUUAAAAAAUGAUACGUACUUAUGGUCAUUGCUUAAGAGCAAGACUGACAUGAGAGUGAGAAAAACAAAAAACAAAAAAAAAAGUAAUAUACAGGAGGAAAUAAGCGUGAGAAUGUGUGAGUCGCGUGUACGAGUGCUUAGUGGAGAUACAAAAAGAAAAAUUCCAAUUUUCGAUGGUAGAAGGUGCAUUGACCAUUAGACAUGACGAGCAUGUAGAGUAACGAUAAUGUCUUAUUUUUCAUUUACAACGGCCAUUGGUAGACAUUUGCAUUAUCAAUUUUUUUACAUGAUCUAUAGAUUCCCGUUGAAAUCCUGUUGACAAAAAAAAAAUAUGAAAACAGAAAAAUAAUGCAUAACAAUACCUCUCCAUUCAUAAGAUUCUUUCUACAUUCGGGAUAAUAUUGACUAGCGAAUGUUAACAGUAAUGCGUAGUUUAGUUUUUUGAACGCUAACCACCCACUAGUUUUUGAGAGUAUGAAUUAUCAUGUGAUACAUGAUUUAUUUAUAUAUAAUGUUUACAUUAGAUGAAGCAUGCUGGUUGAUGAUUCUCCUCAAAAUGAUUAGUCUUCUUUUUCUAUUCACUCUAUGAUUUCUCACCAUUCUUGAAGUUACAAGUUUCGUAUGUCAGUGUUUGCAAGAGUCAUUCGAGCUGUUUCGAAAUUUGUCGGUGUGAUUGAAUAUUGAUCCGUAACUGUCAAUAAUUCACAUUAACCUGUAACCUCACGAACUUUCCAUCACUGAACAAAAGAGGUGAAUGAUAAAAAAUAAUAAUAAACAUACAACGGCGAAUACUGUAGUGAUCUGCAACAUGUGAAUUCAUAAUAAGCAGUGACCGUAUUUUCCAAUUGAAAAUCAACAACUAUUACUGAUUACGAUUAUGCAUCAAGCAUUGUUAUUGUUAGUAGUAUUGUCAUAAUGCCAUUAUUGCCACAAUUAUUCGAACCAAACAGACCUCUACACGUACGCCAAAACAUCAUUCUGUUAUCAAAACGUGAGGCUCACACCGGCAAAAGAAUUGAGGGAGUAUUGACGAAGAUACAAAUAUUUAGCUCUCAUUAAAAAUUCCAUAAAUUGUCACGCCCAAAUUUCGCCUGCAGAACGAACAGAUAAGUUUGAAGAUAUGAUAACGAAGGGGGGGAAGGGUGAAAAAAAAAUGACAUCUGAUCGUUCUGCACGUGAAAGCAGAACGAGGCAAGCAUUUGUGUACAGAAGAGAAUACAUGUCCUCGAGGGGUUGCGAGUAUGAGGGUGUAUUUGGUGGGUGGGUUGGUUUUAGUUGGUCUGUGAUCCUCCUCUAAAUUUUCUAUCCCACUCUGUCGUCUACCGAUCGAUCGUUCCAACGGGUGUCUCCUGCAAGCAUUGCAAGGGGGCAUAGCUAGGCAUCAUCCCUCGAUUGGUGCGCGCGUCGGUUUACUUCAGAACACCCCUUAACCCCUCCCAUCAAAGGAUCGAAGGCUAAACUUCUUCGCAUUCUUCGUGCUUCCACAGUAUACCCACAAACUCAUAUCCAUUCACCUAUACGCAUACGCGUAAUACGAGUAUUCUGUUAAUUUAAUUAAGCUCAAAUCACAUUUUCCAUCUUUAUUAGCCAAAAUUUGAUAGAGGAUAAACACGAGGGACACAUUCGCAGCCCCUUGAGGACGUGCUGAGGUCUCAGUUUCACCGAAAUGAGAGAAACAUGAACUCUACGAUUGAUAUAACGUGACGUAAACAUACACAUGAAAACUCUCAAACCAUAUACAUAACACAGUAAUACGAGAGAAUUAAGAGAAAAGUUGAUGAAAAAAAAAACAUUUCUUAGAUUAGAUAAAUGCCUAGUGAAAUUGCCAAUAAAGUAGUCGUUUACAACUGGUAGCUAA